GGUCACGCGGGAGGCGUCGCUGAUCGAGUGUUAGCUCAGCUGCUGACAGAGAUGGAUGGAAUCGAACAGCUAAAAGACGUCACGGUUCUUGCUGCAACCAACCGACCUGAUAUGAUUGACAAGGCUCUGAUGCGUCCGGGGCGUCUGGACCGCAUCAUAUUCGUCCCGCUGCCGGAUGCAGACACUCGCAGGGAGAUCUUCACGCUGCAGCUCCGGAGCAUGCCCAUCCAUCCCAGCGUGCACCUGGAGGACCUGGUGACCCGGACGGAGCGCUACUCUGGGGCAGAGAUCACAGCCGUGUGCAGAGAAGCGGCUCUACAGGCGCUGCAGGAGGACAUCACAGCCCAACAUGUGAGCGCCGGACACUUCGACAGCGCUCUGAACACCGUCAGACCCCGAAUCCCUCAGACGCUCCUGCAGACGUACACCAACUACCAGCAGAAACACGGAGGACCACGCGUCUGACACAGCCUUCAUAUGAUACUGUACACACAAACAAUAAAGACACGUUUCUACUUAUUAUUGCUGU